AUGGUUGGUAAGAUGUGUACCGACCACAACAAUGACGGUAGUGUUUGGCUCUACUACCAAAACACGCGGGGAUUAAGAACCAAAAUCGACGAGCUCUUCCUGACGACCCGUGAGUGUAAUUUCGACAUUAUAAUACUGACAGAGACCGGCUUGGAUGACCGCAUCAACUCACUGCAACUGUUUGGGACAUCAUUCAACGUUUAUCGGUGCGAUCGCAGUGUGCACAAUAGCAACAAAUCCAGUUUUGGUGGUGUUCUGAUUGCUGUGGCGCAGUGUCAUCAUAGCUCACUCAUCGAAACUGUGAAUGGAGAUAGUUUGGAGCAAGUUUGCGUCCGUGCCACGGUUCGAGGAACUAAACUGCUGCUGUGUGGUGUAUAUAUUCCACCAGAUAGGAGUCAGGAUGUCAACGUCAUUGAUGCACACAUCUCCUCUAUUGGUGAGCUGUCUGGUAAAAGCACUGUAAAUGACAUUGUGUUUGUCUGUGGCGACUACAAUCAGCCGCGUAUCAUGUGGAUGCCCGAUUCUCUUCCAGCCUCCGAUCAACUACCUGCUGCUAGUGCGACUCUGAUAGAUGGUACUGAUUUUUUUAAUCUAAAGCAGCAAAACUUUCAACGGAAUCAUAACGAUCGUACGCUGGAUCUGAUUUUUUGUUCUUCUGAGCACCGACUUACUGUGGAUAGUUGUAUCACACCUCUGCUCCCUGUCGACCGCCACCAUCCGCCCCUGACAAUCAAGCUACCUAACUUGUGUUCCAAUAGCGCUGCUUCAGUAAGCGCAGAGAGUAUAACACGAUCACUGAAUUAUCGCAAAAUUGAUUUCGUCGCACUCGAAGAUUACUUGUUGGGUUUCGACUGGACUUUUAUAUAUCCAUGCACUGAUGUCGACGAUAUGACUGCACAUUUUUGUGACGUUAUAAUCCAGUGGUUAAACGUAAAUGUACCGUUAGUGAAGCGACCGAAUAACCCUGCGUGGUGCACACGUCGGUUGCGCGAUCUGAAACGAUUUCGGAAUAAUGCACAGCGAAAAUAUCGUCGUUUGAAAACGCUGAUAACGAAACGCAAUUUCAAAAGCGCCAGCGACGAAUACCGUCGCCUUAAUAGUGAAUUGUACAAAUCAGUUGCCUCGAAUUUCGAUGCGGAAAUUGCGGCGGCUGCCGUCCCGGCCGGUUCGGCUGAUUUAACCACAUUUGAAGUUACCACCGACUUGAUACUAAGUGCAGCGAAGAAACUUAAACGUUCUUAUUCACCGGGACCCGAUGGCAUCCCCGCCAUAAUUAUCAGUCGAUGUGCCACUGUGUUGGCAAAUCCACUGCGCUCCGAUGAAAAAUCACCACUUACUCCGCUUACGUCUGCAAUUACUGAACUACGCUCGGAAAUCAAACAACUGUACUCAAAAUACCCACGCACUCGUCACCAGCAGCUAGUCCUCGAUGGCCCACAAUCGAUCACCGCAGAGGUGUAA